ACCAAACUGAAGACUCAAAAGUGAUGCGAAAAUGCCAAACUCUCAUCUCCUUUAAUCUUCUCUCUCCCUUUUUUUUUUUCUCUCUCUUAUUCUUUAUUUUCCGGCGAUUCUCGCCGCCCCGUUUCUCUCUCUAGAACCGGACCCGUCGAUGGAAGGUUCGAUGAAUCCCCGAGAAAACCGGAACCCGCCGCCGGUUUCUUCCCCCGAUAGCCGCCGGAGCAGUAAUAGUUCGAGCAGUAGUAGCAGUAGCACCACCCACAGCAAUGGUCCGGCGACGGCGGCGCCGCCGCCUGUACUGCCCGUCACCAGAUCCGAACCCAAUAGCCCAUACCCGACCACCUUCGUCCAAGCCGACGCUUCCUCGUUCAAGCAAGUAGUCCAAAUGCUCACCGGAUCCCCCGACCCGGCCAAACCCGCCGCCGUGUCGCCGCCGUCGAGGAACCCGAUCCCGCCCGUCAAGGCCGGCGUUACGAAGAAGGAGAAAUCCGCCUCCAAGCUGUACGAGCGGCGAAACAGCCUGAAGAAUUUCAAGCUCAACCCGUUGGGUCCCGGGUUCGGACUCUUACCGGGCCGACCCGGUCUGCCGGAGAUUCUGUCGCCGAGCAUACUCGAUUUCCCGUCACUGGUUCUCAGCCCGGUCAGCCCUCUCAUACCCGACCCGUUCAACCGGCCCCCCCACGCCGCCCCGCCCGCCGGAGCUCUGAACAUGGAGGCCGAAGAGAAGGCCAUCGCCAAAAAAGGGUUCUAUUUCCAUCCGUCGCCGGCGAAUACUCCGAAAGAUUCGGAGCCCCGACUGUUACCCUUGUUCCCACUCACCUCUCCCAGAAUCUCAGAUUCUGCUAAUUCUGAUUCUUAAGUGAGUCUUUAAUUUUUUUGUCCAUUUUUCCAUUGUUAUAAUCUUUAAAUUUCCAGUUGAGCUUCACUUGAUGUAUGAUUCAUAUAUUAUAUAUAUAUAAACCUCAUAGAUAUUAUUCGGUGUAUCUGCAAUGAACAAUUUGAAGAAAAUGCAAUAUAUAUAUAUUAUAUAUAUACAUAUUAUUGCUUCAAGU